UAUUUUAGAAAACAAAAACCAGUAAUUAUUAGUGUCUACUAUGACUAUCUACCAAUUUUAAAGUUAUGGAAAAGUUAUAAAAAAAAUUGUGUAUUGUUUUUUAGUACUGCUUAAGCAGUACACAAUAUUAUAUUAGUAUCAUAUUGACGUUGAAUACAUAUACAGGUUUUUUUCUUUUAUGAAAAUGGACGAAAACGAUUUGGAAGUACUUGAUUGCCCCGAAACACCCCGUGAAACACCAGAGCCAUCUGAACGGACGUCAAAUAUUGCUGUAGACUUGGCUUUGAGCCCUGCCAGUGUAUUGGGCAGUCGUAGACCAUCGAUUGAUGGUAUGUCCAGCACGUGUACAUCACAGUCAGAAGUACGCUCAUUUAAAGAUCGUCUCAGAGAACAUGUUAAUCAAGUCAAGGAAAGAGCCUCAAACACUGUAGUAGUUGAACAAACUAAGACCAAGGUUCAACAAAAUGUCAAACAGCCUGCUGAACGUCUAGCCCAAUUGAUGAGUUCAGAAAAUCAGGCAGUUGCAGCUGCCUUAGAGAAACAUGAAAAGGAUAAAAUCAGAAAAAACGUGGUCAUUAAUAGUGUGCAUGAGGUAGACCAUGAAAUUGAGAGUUACAAUUUUUUCACUAAAGUAUGGGACCCUCCUUCUAAACCUGAUGAAAUCCAUGAGAAAUCAGCUGAAUCCAGCGACGCAGAAGUUGGUUUUUCUAAUGAAGAAGAUAAAAAACUGGUUACAGAAGAUUAUUUAGGACUAACAGAUGGAGAGGAAGGCGAUGUUUUAGAUCAUUCCUUGGUUCCAUUUUUGAAUACAUCCAUAAAAAUAAAAGAAGCAGCCGAAAAUAUUUAUUUUAUUCCAGAUGGAUCUCAAGUGGAUCUAGCAAAACGACUGAAUUCGAGACAACCUCGAUACCUUGAGAGAGAAGGACUUUAUGUUGGUACAUAUCCUCCUAUCUAUGAAAAAUGUUUAAAUAAACUUCAACAAAGACUUCUUAAAGCUAAUGAAUUCCAUUGGUUUGGCGAAGAUGGUGAACCAAUCAGAUUACCUGAUCCUUUGACUAGUCCAUCUUGCUGUAAUUUAUUAGACACUUCUGAAAAUAAUGGGUUUUUAGAUAUUAAGUACACAAAAGCAAUACCGUUUAAGAACCCAUAUAGUUUCAACAACGAUUCACAAGAUUCUAAAGAAAUAAAAUUUCUUUUAGAACUAGAAAUUUCAAAAAUUCAGUUUAGUCAUCAUGCUCUUUUCAGCCGACAGCAUGUUUUAGAUAAGCAAUUGUUACAACUGUAUUAUAAGUAUAAGUGUCGUCAAGAUAUUGCAAGAACAAAAAUGUUGUCUGGAAGAUUAGAGGCCUUACGUAAUGCUAAAGAUACUUUAGUUAAGGUCAUGUCAGAAGAAAACAAUAAAGAUUUGCUGGAAAACCAUGAAAAUCGUUUACAUAGAUAUAAAACAGAAAUUAAAGAAACUCGAUCUCAGAGAUUGCUGGAAGGUAAAUCAGAUCGAUCUUUAGUAUCCAAUAUUUUGGAGACCUGGAGAGACUUGAAAAAAUUGAGAGAAAGGCAAGGGUAUAUUGUCACUAGUACAAAGUUGGAAAUAAUUGUUGAUGACCAUGAUAAUACUGAAGAAUGGGAAACAGAGUUUAACAGGUUAGUAGCAGAGACUCUUGAAGAAAUGGGAGAAAACAAUAUUGAAACCAAUAUUUCUAAAGUCCGAGAUCAGGUAUUUAGUAUCCUCUCAGAUUCAUUGAGAUCGCCAGGAGAGCCAAUUAUUACAUUUGUUAUGGCUAAAAUUGAGCCUACCCCUGAAGAUUCUAUUACUGCAAAAGAUGAGCUUCAACGAAGGUUGGCAUUGUCGAAACAUUCUAUUUGGUUCGACGUGAUAUUUAAUGGUCAUGUAGUGUGUGAAUCUACUUCGUUACCAAUCAAUGACAGUUUUUCUAUUGAUGUUAAUCAGAAAUUUGUUGUUGAAAUCCAUCAGUGGCCUGAUACAUUAUCAUUGAAUAUUCAUUGUGAAAACCUGAGUUCAAAAAAUGUGUUUACCAAAAAUCCCAUUGCAGAACUUUACAUACCUUUUCCAAUAAGCAAUACUACAUUAGAUGUCGUUGACAUAGAAAACUUGGAGUUCAGUUGUUUUGGCAAUCAGAGCUUACAAAAUGCCGGUGUUGGAAGUGGUGUGGACUUUAAGAUAUUUCCUGAAGAUUCUGAAAAUCAAUGUUUGUAUACGUCUGGUGAAGUUUUGUGCAAGGCUGGUUGGGGCAUAUUUGAUGAUAAAAUUUUAUGCCCACCUGAAAAUUUCUUUAACAGAAUUUAUUCACAUAAUAUACAUUGUUCUAGUACCAAUGUUUUUUCAACUAAAACAGAGAAGAUUUUGAGUUGGAUGAAUGAUUUGCAUCCAGAUCCUAAUGAUCCAAACAAUGUAUCAUAUUUUGAGGCUCUAAAAAGUGUUGAUGAUGAAAUGGUUUUUAAAAUGAAGUCAAAGUUUAGCGUUAAUAUUUAUCAAAAAAUGUUGGAAUUCUGUUCAGAAGAAGAAUUAGAUUCUAAUCCUAGACUAAAAUUAUUAAAAUUACGUGAUCGUGGAGAAAUAGAAUUUAGAAUGGCCAAAGCAGUACCAUUAAAAGAAUGGCUUAUACCAAAAGACAUAUUCAAUGAAUUUGAAAACCGCGUGGCAACUUCUGAGCUUGCACUAGAAGUUGCUGGUCUUGGGCCUUUGGAAACUAGUAGAAUCUGGGGGCGGUAUUCAGUUAUCAAACUGUAUGACAAGAUCCUCAAACAAUGCAAACUUGGUAACAGAAAUAAAAUAACCCGAGACAUCAUUGUUGAAGACACCGUACCUGACAUUGGAACCUUAGGCUUGACAUUUAUGAAAAUGUUUCAGCCAAAACGACCAUUACGUCCUAGAAGAAAAGAAAGAAAGAAAAUACCAGCUAAAAGCCUUUCGGGUCAAGAAAUUAAAGUUGUUAUUAAUGUCAUGAGAGCUUUUGAGGUACCCGUGAGAAAAAACUCUGAUAUGAUGAUGGGGGACAUAGCAAUGGUUCCAGUACAACCAUUUGUUGAAAUAUCCUUCAAGAAUCAUACGAGUAGAACAACUACCGCUGAAGGUUCUAAUCCAACAUGGAACCAAGAUUUGCAAUUAAUUGUUAGAUCAAAUUCAGUUGAUUUAUGUCCCAAUGAAGUCCAACCUAUUGAUGACUGCAUUCACAUAAAUAUGUAUGAUGAAAUAGUUAUUGAUAUAUUAGAAGAUGGCAGAACCCGAGAAACAAACAUACAUCAACGUUUGGAGAGACAUUGGUUAGGAAGCUGUGUUAUACCCAUAUCCGCAUUAUUCAACAGCUCUCAAAUUGAGGGAAUAUUCCAAAUGAACACACCUAGACACCUUUUGGGGUAUGAAAGACUUGUGUCGAAUUCUGAAAGCUCUCAUUAUAGGAACUCAACUUUUCUGAGCUUAUUCAUUAUGGUCCAACCACCACUGCACCAUCCUGAACCUAUCAAGGAAAGAUUGGACUGCAGUGAAUCGUUUAAUUUUGAAAGGUAUUUGGAGUAUUGGUCUGCAGAAGGGGCAAAACAGUUUCCUGGAAGGCCUGUGAAAACCUUGGUGAUACACUGCAGUGGUAAAUCCGUCUGUGUGACCAGAUUCUUUAGGCCUUUACCGCUCCCUGUGAUUUCCGAGGACACUUUAAACACCACCGCCGAAAUGGUCGCCAGAUUCGUAUCUCUUAUACCAGUGGUAAACAGCAAUGUUUUGCUCAUCGGCCGAUUUGAUGUCUGGUUGACCGGAGACCAACUGUUGGGCUUACUGUUCGGCGGCGGUUCUGGUGUAGACCAUGGUAUAUUGCUAUGCUGUUACUUCGCCAAGCUAAACAUCCGGUCUUGGUUGCUUCUCGGCACCGGCGUGUCCCGGGGUGAGGCCGCUUACGUGCUGACGUGCGCAGUGCCUUGCCAACCGUCCGCCACCCCCGUGUAUGACGUCUGGGACCCUCUCACCGGUCAGAAAUACUCUACGUGUGAUAGCUUUUCACCAAUACAGGAAGCGUACUGUCUGAUGAACUCCGAAAAUAUCUGGCUGAACAUCCAGUACGAGAAAUCGGUGCCCAGGACCCGGUGGGAUGUAACGCAGACCAGGGACUGGAACCCGGCUUUCGGUCGGUACCAGGCGGCGCCCACCAUGGCGGGUUCCGUGCAGCCGGAUACAGUGGACUACACGCCGGCAGCCAUCGCAGACGCUCGUCUUCUUCAAGACAAGCUGGAGACGACGUUGCGAAACUCGCUGAUGAAGUGGCGGGUCAAGUCCAAGACCGUAUGGAACAGAUAUUGCGUAUCAGUGCUGCGAAAAAUUCUACCAAACCUAGAGCGAGAGACUUGGAACGGUGGAAGCACGGACGUCACCAAUGCGGAGAACAGUUACCUAGCCGAGUUGCAACACUUGCUCGUCUCUCACAAGAUGUGUGGUUUUCCCAUCAACAGACCGUACAGCAACACCGAAGUUUUAGUUGAAGCCAUACAGUCGACGGGCAUGCACCUAAAUGAAAAUCCACUGGUUGAGUUCGCGCUAGCCGUUUACGUGCACCCUUACCCGAAUCAAGUAUUGUCGGUUUGGAUCUACUUGGCGUCUCUGCAACCUAGGCGUUGAUCGCAUCUGGCGAUAUAUACAGUUCAAAAAUCAUUAUCACAGGAUAUAUAUAUAUGUUAUAAGAAAAAUUAUAACUUAUCGAAUAUUUAUGUUGUACGUUCAGUGCUCAAAUUUCGAAAUAAAAUUAUAAUAUACUAA